AUGGAGGGUCUCAAAGAUUUGCUUGCUCCUAAAACACUCCACUGGUUCAGUUAUGUGGCAAAUGUAUUUUGGAUUUUGCUCGGAAUUAUCCUAUCUCCAAUCUUUCUCGACAUUGAAAACAGCGAACCGACAGACUUCCGUUGUGGCUCAAAUGACGACAAGGAACUCAUUCGUGGAAAGUGUUACGAAGAGUACGAUAAACAAUACAACAAAUUCCCUGUUUAUGGAUUCGUGAUUAUUAACUUCCUUGUGACUGCAAGUGUUUGUGGAAUAUACUCACAAGCGGUGAAGUCGAAAGUUGAGGAACUUGAAAACAACCCUAGAAACGCGGAUUUAGCGCAAAGUUCCCGGAAAAAGCUUUUCAAAGCGUAUUGUUCGCAACUUUUCGCCAGAUUUCUUCUUGGAAUAUUUUUUCUCGUUCUGCAGACCAAAUUACUUUACCCUCUCAACUUUCCCUCGAACUUUAACUGUAACUUAACCAGAGACGGGAGGUUUUCAGAUAUUACGGCCAGUGCGUCUCGUAACGAAACCGAAACGCAAACGUCAUACGAAUGUCAUAAUCAACGAGGAGCUAAGAAGACCGUCUGGGCUAAUGCCGUGAUCGUUGUAACUGGAACGUUUGCACUUCUUGUGUUUAUCGAGUCCCUGUAUAUGUUGUUAUGUUGUGCGAGAAAAGUAAGCUUCAGAGCCUUUACGGAGGACCAGGAAUUUCAUAAAUGUUAUCUGAGUUCGAAUAAGCCAACAGACGAACAAGUCCCAAGGAAAGCCGAACGAACUGAUAGGGAUCCUUUAUUUCAUUCAGAUGAGGGUGAAAGACUAGAAGAGUAUCCCAAAACCAGAGAAAACUCGCAACAAACACUACCAGGAGAUAUUUUUGGUGCUGAAAAACAGAAGACACUUGAUGUUGGUCGUCCUGGAAUUGGAAAAACUAUGGCUACUAGAAAUGAUGGCGAUGAUGAUGGAGAUGUACAAGACAAGGGGAGAAGGCUUUGGGACGCGUUAAAAAACAAAAAAAUUGAUCGCGGCGUCGACCGUAUAUCAAUAAUUAAAACACUACUAAAAAAGGGCGCGCCAGUAAAUUUCAGGGAACCCAAUAGUAAGGUGAGAAACUUUAUAAAUAAGUUUUCUGUAGUUAUUAUUUGCCGCGGCAUUACGCCUCACUCUUACCUACGUAAAAACAAACACGAGAGUGCAAGGAAAUCUUAUCCAGCACACAGACAGUCCAACUCCAUCGUUCCAUCGCGUCGCAUCAUUGCUCUUUCGUUCUUCAUUCAUGACGGUGGUAAACUUUAAAUAAUUUUCCAUUGAUUUUAUGCGCGAUUGAGCUGUAUCGCGUCGAAAGUGUCAAUAAUUUCGAAGAAAAAUCUUAAGCGUUAUACUUUCUUAAAUGAAGAAAAUACAGGUUAGACCUAUUGUAUUUGGCAGUUCAACAUUUCGUACAGUCUGAUCGACUGCGCUGCAGUGUAGUGCAGUGCUCGAAUCGGCUUAGCCUUUUAUAUGUCGUCUGCAUAGUCAGUGAGUUAGUUGCCUACAGAAUCCUUGGUUUAUAAUUUCAAUUUCUUUUUCCUAACUCGGGUAUGAGGUAGUUAAUGUAAUUAGAAUCAAUCCGUGUGGUUUUGUUUAGUCUGUUUACUUAAGAGGCAUUUAUCUUUUCGGUUUUCGGGGAAACCCUAUUGUUUGUUUUCCUUUCAAUUUGACAUCGUUAAGUUUGCAUUCAAUUUGACAUUGGUAAGAUUAAGGUGUCAUGGCGACUGGAUGUGUUUUCGCUGUGUUUUCCUGAGCUGCGUUCUUUACAUUGUAUUUCUGCUUUCUUAUGUCUGCUCUCCGCAUCCAAACGAUUCACUGCACCAUCUUAAGGAAAAAGGAUUGAAGUAAUCUACGUUUUAAACCGUUAUCCACGGUUUUCGCGGUAGUGUGGUCACUCUUCUCAGAAUUCGAGUCAACUUCUGCCACCUUCUUGGGUUUCUUGCACACCGUCGCACGACGUUUUUAGCCUCAAGUUUGGCCUACUAUCCCAACUCAGUUGCUGGGUUCCGGCUGAUAAGGCUUCUUUCUUGAGGCGACAUUUCUGCCAAUCCUGGUCCAGCUCCUAACUGUAAUAAAAACUUGUGUUCAGUCUGCUGACCAUCGAGAGAUUCAAUGCGAUGUUUGUCUCUGCUGGUGUCACAUCAAAUGUCGGUAAAGUAACAUCUGCUGAAUACACCAAACUUGUCUCCUUGACUGUCAGCUUCCCAUGGAGCUGCCCUGUGUGUGUAAUUACAACUUCAAAGAAUCUGCCUUUUUCUGACAUUAGAAAUCCCAGCCCCGGUUUGGAUCCUUCUUCAGAUGCUGACACGAGUAUUCUGAAUGAAUCAUUCGGAUAACAUUAACACCGUCCAUGUCCAACCAACACCAUCACCAAACAGCAACCUGUCUACCUGUCAGCUCCUAGCUUCCCAAGAUACCAAGGUAUCUUCUGGCUUAAAGGGGAUGAUCAUCAAUUGCAACGGCCUCAAGGGUCCAUCUCGUUUCUCCGAAUUUCAAGUUCUUCUUGACUUUCACAAACCUGAUAUCAUCCUCGGCUGUGAAUCAAAGCUUGACUGAGUGCCGACCUAUUCAGUCUUUCCGCCCACCUAUUCCGUGUCCAGAAAGGACCGAAAUCCUAAUGUGGGAGGUGUGUUCCAGUCGAUUUAGUCUGAAAUCAUUUGCGAGGAAAAGCCUAACUAUAGAAAAGAUUGCGAAAUCCUCUGGUCAUCAGUUAAGAUCGGUAACUGUAAAACUCCCCACCUAGCAUCUUGUUACAGACCACCAAAUUCUCCCCAAGAUGUUUUGGAACAAUUUUCAGAUUCCUUUAAUUGUGUCUUCGAAUCCUCUAAUCAUCACCCUAACAUAAUAGCAUCAGGAGAAUUUAACCUUGGUGAUAUUGACUGGUCCGCUGAGGUUCCAUUUGCGGCUGCAGGCUCUUAGUGACAUCCCUGAUAAUGCCUGUUAGAAACUCUGAAGAAAUAGUCACACCCAGUCAUCCAGUUUCCUUUACUUUGCGAUAGAUGUGUUAAGGUGAUUCCAUAGUAAAAGAACCUAACAUAGAUUUUAGCUAAAACUUGGUACACUGAUGUAACAAGUCAAGAAGAUGUUAAAAAAGUAAUAAAAAGUGGGGGUCACCGUGCUCGUUUUGACGUCACAAUGCUGACAAACACGGCUAUUUAGGACCCUUUUACAAAAACCGCGGGCAGCGAAAACCUAGACAAAAAGGAGAGAUUUUUUCGAUGAUGCAUGUGACAUCACACAGAAUUUGACUUUAAUGUAUUGUUUAUCCACUUACGUACCAGAAAAAUGCCUUUUAAUGCCCUUGUUUUUACUUUACGCUCCAAUGUAGAAUUAAAUUGGACGCGCGCUUUUCGACCCGUGAUGGCUCAAUCCGUACAAUUUAGUAAAAUUGCCAAAAAACUGAACAUAGAUUUGUGCCAAUUUUUUUCUCAUCGAAAGGAAGCACUGUCCUUAUUAAAAUCAUGAAAUAAAAAAUGGGGGUCACCGUACUCGUUUUUGCGGUAAGGCUGCAGAAAGUGCGCACCAAACGCAUUUUCUCCGAUUUUUGAGAGAGGACUGGGGCAAGUUUCUAAAUAGAAUGUAUGUGAAAGGAGGAAGAAAGAAUUAAAACAUUCGUUUUACAUCGAGAUAUCACAUUUAGGACAGAAUGUGAUAAAGAAAGUGUUUAAAUGAAAAUCAAAGUGAGUAAGCACAAGUUAAACAUCCACUAUAGAGGUUCUCCGAGAGGAGGUCGAACUCAGCAACACGCGUACUGCUUACGUUAUGCACAUUCCCAACACAUUGAGUCUCACCGCGGCAACAAACAACAGCAAGCAAAAAUUCCAAUAGCGUUUCUCUUCAGUCAACUUCAUUUUAAUAAUAUUACUUCACAUGCUCUUUUUUACGGCAGCCAUCUUGUUAUGCGCAGUAAGAGAUGCGCAGUGCAAAACUAGGGAAUCACCUUAAAAGCCUUCUAUCCCCACCCCCCACCAGUCACCCACCCUCUGUUAGGGCUAUCUCUAGGCUGUCUGCUGGUACCUGCCUUCAUGUUCAGCUCUCUCAAAUUUUUACGUCCAUCUUGGAUUGACUAUUGGCUUACUUAUCGGCACGUUUUACCAAUUUUCCUCAGAUGUACUUUCCUAAUUUAUAAAUUUCCUAAAAAUUUUAGAUGGCGCAAGCGGAAUGUUCCGACGGAACAUUUGCCGAACUUUUUUUUCUCGUGGAAGUUUUUCCAUCUUUCAGGCACAUUUUGCUUAUGUUUUAGGUAAUCUGUCUAAUAGUAUUUUAUCUCCCUAGAUAAAUCAAAGGACCCCUCUUCACUUCGUAGUAUAUGAAAUUGGUGGAGAUGAUGAUCUUUUGGACAUGCUGUUAAAGAAUGGAGCUGACGCAAAUUUAGUUGACUAUGUAUGUUUUAUUCUACCUUAAGCCUUGUUUUUUUGUCUGUGGUAUGAUAUGUGUUAAAUAAACUAAAAUGGUAUUUGUUUUUUGCAGUUUGGCUACACACCACUACAUUUAGCUGCGGAGAAAGGCAAUCUCGGGGCUGUCAAGGCAUUGGUUAGAAAUCCUUACAGCCCCGCUGACUACAGCAAACAAAGCAACGUAAGUGUUUGCUUGUGA